CUCGCAUUAGUGUACUUACUUACACAGCUGAUUGUCUUGUCGAGUGGGUUGAUUAAUAUCUGACAGGCUAUAACAGGUAAACACACAACAGAUAAUGUUAUUUCAACACACCUGUCUUGAUCAACAGUUUGCCUUCGUCGAGUCAGAUCCCAUAAUCUGAAAGAUGAGAACAGUCACAACAUUGUUGUCCAUCCUCAUGAUGACGUCAUUUGUGUAUGACGUCAUCAGUGACAACCCAGGAACGACGCCGCACCUGUCAGAGAUAUUUGUUGGUCGAUGUUGGGACUACAAACUGAUCAAAUACAAACAGUCGAUGAGCGUUGAUGUGAACUGCGAGGCUCUGUGGGAGGACUUCUUCAAGGCAUUUUCCUUCCAGGCACCUUGCUCGCUCGCCAUGGAGAAUUACCAGGAAUUCAUGGAACAGGCCCGACAAGACCUGCCCAUAGACAAGGCGAUGUUCUGGUCCGGGACCUACGUCAUCGCCCACGAGUAUGCACAGGACAGUGGCCGUUAUGUGACGCUCGAGGACACCCUGAUCGGGUACCUGGCUAACAGCAUUGUUUGGUGUGGGUCCGCGUCCGACCCCAGCGGAAUGAACUCGAGCAGGUGCCCGUCGUGGACUGACUGCCCCCUGGAGGCCAGCGAGUCCUUCUGGGCAGCCGCCUCCGCCACAUUCGCCAAAUCUGCAAAGGGCAAGGUCACUUUGGUGCUUGAUGGGUCACGUGACGGCAAACCAGCAUACAGCAGGCAAAGUUUCUUUGCAAAGCACGAAUUGCCGAACCUUGACGAGACUGUUGAGGUUGUAAUUCUCGUCACCCACACCCUGGGUGGUCCUGUCAGAGAGACGUGCACAAAUGGAUCUAUAGUCGACCUGACGGACGAUAUCAAAAGCCGUAACUUGGUUUUUGAAUGUUUGGACGACCCACCAGCAAUCGUCCAUCUCCUAUGCGCUGAUGACCCGGAAGCGAGAGAGUGUAGGCUGGUAAAACGCCAUCUGUUGCCAGGUGGUGAGAAACCUGAGAGUGACCUCCCCUCCCUGCUCAACAACCCUCCAUCUAGGUUUACUUAAUAUUAAAUCCGACCGAACAUUUCUUGUUUUUUCACUUGUUUAGUGUCCUUUAAUGAAGCUGUACAUCAGAAUAAAUAGUUACAUAACUUAAUAGUAUAGAGGCGUCUACCUA